CGGAUCGUUGAGCUCGGUGAAGUGCUUCUCUCAGAAAAAACAAAAUAAAAACAGCAAGGCAAUAAGAAGUAGACAAACGCCGUUUAAAAGUGGAAAGGGAAAAUAAAAGUAAUAUAGAAAAAAACAACAUAUAUGUUACAACCAAUGUGACUAAUUUACACACCACUUUAAUGUCAAUAGUUUUUAUUGGAUGUUCCUUCGUUCGCUUAGUAAAACGCCUCCAAUGAGAUCAUAUAAAAAUAAUAGAAUAACAUUUGAUUUAAAAAAAUAUUAUAAAAGAGGUACAUCUAUGUGAAGCAAAAGCUGCGAGUAUUUUCAUAGACGCGUCAAGAACCUGCGACGACACACACAGCUGUAAUACCGGAGUUUACUUAAAAAAUAUAAACAAGGGAAAUUAAGUAAAUAUUUGCUGAGUAAAUAAAGAAUUUAGCGAAUAGGACUUGCGGCUUGCGAAAACAAAUACGUGCGCCAUGCAUCCGAAGCCAAACUAAACAAUAGUGAUUUAAUAAUUAACCGAAGUGCUGAUAAUAAACCAAGUAAAAACGCUAAAAAUAAAACGAACGUGAAUUUGAAUUAGCGCUUUGUGCCCGAGUUUGCUAUACUUUUUUUUGUCAAAAGUGACUAAAGUUUUUCUCAUCACAUGCGUCGGCACAAUAAUAAUAAAUCAAACGUUACAAAUUAUCAAACCAUCUCAACCAAUUCUACUUGAUACUCUUCUUUGCGGUUAUUCACCUGCAAUAUCUAGCACAUCACCAUCCAUCACAAUGCAUACACUGUUCACCGAUCAAAAUUCGUUCUCGCGCCAUUACGCGCAGACCGCCGGCUAUCCCAGUGCCGCCACCGCCGGCGCUAUGACAACGGCUUCGGCGGCCGCCGCUGCCCACUACGCUUACGAUCAGUAUUCGCGCUACUCCUAUCCGGCGAGCGCUUACGGUUUAGGCGCUCCACACCAGAAUAAGGAGAUUGUAAAGCCACCCUAUUCCUACAUCGCACUCAUAGCGAUGGCCAUUCAGAACUCGGCCGACAAGAAGAUCACUUUGAAUGGAAUCUAUCAGUACAUAAUGGAGCGAUUUCCCUAUUAUCGCGACAAUAAACAGGGAUGGCAGAACUCAAUACGGCAUAACCUCAGCUUAAAUGAAUGCUUUGUGAAGGUGGCGCGGGAUGACAAGAAACCUGGCAAAGGUUCAUACUGGACACUCGAUCCCGACUCGUAUAAUAUGUUUGACAAUGGUUCGUUUUUACGACGGCGUCGUCGUUUCAAGAAGAAGGAUGUUCUGCGCGAGAAGGAGGAGGCCAUGAAGCGCCAGGCGAUGAUGAACGAAAAACUGGCCGAGAUCAAACCGCUUAAGCUGAUGACGAAUGGUAUUUUGGAUCCCAAGCAUAUGGCUGCACAUGCCCAUUUCAAAAAAGAGCCAAUCAUGGAGCUGGGUUGUCUUGCCGGCAAAGAUAUGCACACCGGUUUGAGCACUGCCAUGCUGAAUUCAUGCCAUGACAGUUUGGCGCAAAUGAAUCACCUCACCGGUUCAGUGGAGCAUGCCGGUUUCACCGUAGACUCAUUGAUGAACGUCUACAAUCCACGCAUACACCACAGCGCCUAUCCCUAUCACCUGAACGAGGAUAAUUUGGCCGUCGCCUCCACACAAAUGCACGCCCAUCACGCUGCUGCCGCGCACCAUGCCCAAUUACGUCAUCACCAUGCUACCCACGUCUCACACACGCAUCCGCUAACGCCUGGCGGACAUGCAGGUGUACAACUGGGCGGCGCAACCACCAUAUCAACGGGUGCAUCGCCCACAACGAUCUCAACUUCACAUGGACCGACACACGGUGGCUGGUACACACCUGAAACGCCACCCUCUGAGCCGAUCGGCAACGGUGCUGCCGGUACACCGACGAAUAAUAAUAACAACAACAACAGCAAUCAUAAUCAAAACGGCUCAGCAGGUGUGCUGGUGGGUAAUCAAAAUCACGCGUCGGCAAUUACGGUCACCAGCAGUCCGUCGGCUGUUGUGGGAGGCGUCGUCACCGGACACACAUCACUGGGUUUCCGCGAUAUGCUCUUCGAACAUAACCAGCCUUGCCAAAUGGACACGAGCAGUCCGAAUGGCAGCCUUCAAUCCGCUAGUCCACCGACAAGCGCUAGCGCAGCGGCAGCAUCAGCUGCAGCGGCGGCAUCCGUCAUCAGUAGUCAUCAUCAUCACCACCACCAUCAUCUGAGCGGGAACUUAGGGAAUUUAAGUAAUCUUAGCAAUUUAAGUCAUUACCGCUCGCACGUAAGCCACUACCAAGACUAUGGCAUUAAGUAUGGUGCCUAAGUGGAUGGUGCGGCAGCAAGUAAUGGAGUUGCUGAGGGGUGUAAAUUUGGUGUUGCUUUUACAUGAUACGAGUAUAUGUCUAUAGAGAUGUGACGCUUGGCGUCUCAAAGGUGGUAAGCCCGCAGCUGGGAAUACGUGUCGAUAAAUAGUAAACUUAAAAGGGCUGACGGAAAGAAAAAAAAUUUAAUUUGAAUCGGCAGUCGAAUGGCAUGCGUUAAUCAGCUUUCAAGGCUCCAGCUUAAGAACAACGAUCUUUAAUUAGUUUUAGUCGUUUAUCUCAACUAAGGUAUUCGAAUUUAUAUUCUAAGUGUUAUAAUUAUACCAUAGAGUUAAAUAUUUAUGUUUCUUAUUUCCACACAUUUACCACAAACUAAACAGUUACAACAAUAAUGUGAGCGAAGUGAUCGUAGAAGUAGCAAAGAAACAUUUUUCUUAUUACAAAUGCAAACCUUAUUUACUUUGGUUUGCCAGCAGUCCUUGUUAUACAUCGCAUACAUUGGCAAGUGAUGAGUCGUUUGUUGUUAUUUUCUUUAGUUAAAAAUUCAUUUUUUUACAAUUCAUCGAAUACGAUCACUUGACGCACAGCGGUCGAUAUGUACAUAUUUUUGCAUCUACCCAUUUAAAAACAAGUGCAUUAACAUUUGUUUCAAAUAUUUAUUUAUGUAGGCAGUCCGUUGUCUUUAGUCACUUUAUUGAAAAAGAAAAAAUAAAUAAAUCAAUAGAACAGCAUAGCGAAAAGGCGAAAAGUGAAAGAGCAUUUUUUAAAACGAAAAAUGUUUACGUGUAAAUUAGUAUACAUAAAUGGUAUCGAUACACACAUUUGUUGUUGCAUUUUAAGUAAAACAAAAACAAAAACAAAAUAUGUAAGUACAUAAGUUUUAGCGAAUAGCAAAGGAAAUUUGUGAUGCAUUCGAAAUAAAGUCUUAAGCCUUUUAAUUUUAAUAUACAAUACAUAUGUACAUAUGUAUGCAUAGUUGUUUGUAAAAUAAUACACUAAAUUGAACCUUUGAAUAACUUGUAGCAAUAACAAUAAUUACGCAAUUACUAUUACAAUUGCACUCUUAAGUAAUUUGAUCAAAAUAACGAAUUAAACAUAUAAAACAAAUCUGUGCACCCACGAGUAUACAUAGAUUGCAAAAAAUAUAUGAGAAAAAUACAACCUAAAACAUA